UAUGUGUGUGUGUGUGUCUUUGUUGCUGAGCUGAGUGAAACUGUGCUGGGAGUCGAGGCUGUGCUGAGCAGCACCCACAAUCUGCGUGCUGGUUUUUUUCUAAUUAUUAUUUCCACGCUGUCUUUGCUCACCCUGUCGUUUUACCUCGCCACUCUUUCUUCUGUGCAAUGGAUGGUGGGCAUCUGAAGAGCCUCCCGCUUCUGCGUUCACGUGUGGCCGUACUACCAUGAGCAAUUCUACUCCUUCCACAGCUAAUGGCAACGAGAGUAAAACGUACAAAAGAGACCGAUCCCCGUGCGGCCCCUCUCGCGUCCUCCACGUGCGCAAGGUUCCUAUUGAGGUCUCUGAGGCCGAGGUCAUCUCAUUAGGAAUCCCCUUCGGCAAAGUUACCAACCUGUUGAUGCUCAAAGGGAAAAACCAGGCUUUUAUAGAAAUGGCUUCAGAAGAAGCAGCCAUCACCAUGGUGAACUACUACACCACUGCCACUCCCCAUGUCCGCAACCAGCCCGUCUACAUCCAGUAUUCUAACCACCGCGAACUGAAGACCGACAACCUACCCAACCAAGGGAGAACGCAGGCAGCCCUGCAGGCUGUGAACGCAGUGCAUUCUGGGAACAUGACGCAUUCGGCGUCGGCCAGCGACAGCAGCAUGAUGCCUGGGCAGAGUCCUGUGCUGCGCAUUAUUGUGGAAAACCUCUUCUAUCCUGUUUCUCUGGAAGUGCUUCACCAGAUCUUCUCCAAGUUUGGAACAGUCCUGAAGAUCAUUACAUUCACCAAGAAUAACCAGUUCCAGGCCUUGCUACAAUAUGCAGAUCCCAUGAAUGCACAUCACGCCAAAGUGACUUUGGACGGUCAGAACAUCUACAAUGCCUGCUGUACACUGCGUAUUGAAUUCUCCAAACUGACCAGCCUGAAUGUGAAAUACAACAACGACAAAAGCCGAGACUUCACCCGGCUAGACCUGCCCUCAGGAGACGGCCAGCCCACGCUGGACCCAGGCAUGACUGCUGCUUUCGGCGCUCCUGGAAUCAUCUCUUCUCCAUACGCCGGAGCGGCUGGUUUCGCUCCCGCUGUUGGUUUCCCUCAGGCUGCAGGUCUUUCCAUGCAGGCCAUGCCCGGUGCUCUGGGACCCCUCACUAUCCCCACCUCGGCUGUAGCCGGACGGAUGGCCAUCCAUGGCAUGGCCCCUACUGCCCUCCACUCUGUUCUCCUCGUCUCCAACCUCAAUCCUGACAGUAUAUCACCACACGGCCUGUUCAUCCUGUUUGGAGUUUAUGGGGACGUCCAAAGAGUUAAAAUUCUGUUCAACAAGAAAGAGAAUGCCUUAGUACAGAUGGCGGAUGCCACACAGGCCCAGCUCGCUAUGAGUCAUCUGAAUGGUCAGCGGCUGCACGGCAGGGUGAUCCGGGUAACCAUCUCCAAGCACCAGACAGUCCAGCUGCCACGAGAGGGUCAGGAGGAUCAGGGUUUGACCAAGGAUUUCAGCGGCAGCCCAUUACACCGCUUCAAAAAACCAGGCUCCAAAAACUUCCAGAAUAUCUUCCCACCCUCAGCCACCCUGCACCUCUCUAACAUCCCGCCCUCUAUUGCGGAUGACAUGCUGAAGGACUUGUUCUCAAGUGCGGGAUACAAAGUCAAAGCAUUCAAAUUUUUCCAGAAGGACCGUAAGAUGGCUUUGAUCCAGCUGGGUUCGGUAGAGGAGGCCAUCCAAGCGCUAAUCGACCUCCACAACCACGACCUGGGCGAGAACCACCACCUACGAGUUUCCUUCUCCAAAUCCACUAUCUAACACCCUUCCCCUCUGUCCUGCUCACUUCAUCUUUACAGCGGCGACUGACACUGCUGACUGGUUGAGUGACUCCUGACCAAUGAACUAUGAACUUAAAGACAAGAAAAAAAGCAAAAAAAAAAAAAUAUAAUAAAAAAAACAUAAUCGGGUAGGUUUAGAGAUUUUUAGGGAUGAAAAAAAGUUUAAAGAAGCUAGAGACUACUGUAUAGCCUUCAGGUUAGAGACUGAAGGUGUUUUUUGUUUUUUAAGACUUGUCCUGAAUUCAGGGCUGGAGAUGCAGGAGCUUCCGUAGCAAGGAAGCUGAUUCCUCUGUACUUAACAGCCAUCACAGCACACACGUUUGAACAGCGACCUGAUGCAGCAGAUUUGCACAGGAAGGACGUUUUCUGAACAGUUAAAGUGCUUAAAAUGAUCUCUGCUGCACCGACUGACUUUCAUUGAGAAAGUCAGAGAUGGACACUCCUGUAGCCCAAUAGCCUUGUUGCAUUUGACCACUGGCACUAUCUACCAUAACUGUUGGCUGUUUCAACCAAGAGGGUGCGACAUCAUCCAGGCACGCUUCUUUGAAUGUCUCUGAUGUCAUCACAAGGUGCUGCUGGAUAAGAAGCCCUGUAGCGACAUUUCUUACCAACGGGCUGCCCCUAACUUUUUGAGUAGCAGUAAAACAUGGGUGCGAUGGACAAAAUGACAAGCUCCCUUUCAAGACUCAGCUGGUUCAGCUUAGCUUCUGCUCGGUUUUUGAACUGAAGACAGGCAACCUGAGGAACAGUUUUUGACCUUCGUAUGUGUUUACUGUUUGACCAGACAGCACGGAUCUGUGAAUAGAUGGUGAAUGGUGAGUGGUAUACUUUUGAUUUCGCCUGUGAAUUGGGGGGAUAUAUUUUUGUUUGUUUUUUGUUUGUUUGUUUUCUUUUCAUAAACGGACAAGGCUGUUAUGGGCCCGCCUCACCUGGACCGCUGUCUCGAUGCAUUCACGCAUGACUGACUGCGUAGGAUGCCGACCAUGACUGUCAGUGGCUGAGCUGGAGAGAUCCGUUUUGCAAAACAGAGAAAGAAAAACACAAAACAAGCAAACGAAAAAAAAAACAUGCACGACCAUUCCAGGAAAGCAUGGCCAGCUGUUGUCAAUCUUACUGGAACACUCCAAUCAGCAGUGCCCAGCUGUCAGGAGGCCCCGCCCUCCUCUUCAGUGGAAUUUUGAAUGUGAAUGAUGUAGCCCCCUGACGAUGCUUUCUUGUUGGGAAUUGAUUAAUGCUCCAUUCAGUUCCCCCUUUUAGCCUAAUUCGAUACUCAGAACCAAACACUUUUCCCUUUUUUUCCCUCUCUUUUCUGUCUUGUGUUGCGAUGGCAAAUAAUCUCUAAGAGCGAGUCUUGCUGGGUCUCUUUCCGUAGAGCUAGACUGAGUAGAACAGACCUGUUUGGAGACUCCAUUCUGCGAUUCUGUUUCUAUGGUUUCCUCUCCCUCCUUGGCUGUGAGGCCUGGUCUUCUUCUUAAAGGGAUCCUGCAGCAGUAAUGGCUUUUAUUCUGUCACUGUACAGCAGCCACUCUCUUUUGCCUUGCUGUCCCACACUAAAUGCCUCAACAUCUGUAUGAAACCAAAAAAAAAAAACCAGAAAAUUUGCAAGGGAGAGAGGGAGAUCAAGAGAGAGAAGGUGUGUCCGUGUGACACUGGGAGCUGUCCCUGCUGAAACUACAACUGAGUUAUAGAAGUGCUUAUAAUAUGUUGAAAUGUGCUGUAAUGCUGUUAUAACGCAUUAUAUUGUGACAUGACUUCAGUAGGGAUGCUUAGCUCUGAGUGUGUGUGUGUGUGUGUGUGUGUGUGUGUGUGUAUAUACGCACAUAGUGCUGUUCGAACAAGUGGCUGAAAUCUGUAAAACAUCAGGACCAUAGGACAGGGGUGCGUAAUCCUGCUGCCAGAGAACUAACAGCCUCCAGAUUAGAGAUUUAACCCUGAUCUACCACACCUGCUCCUGAGUCAGGAGUGUUGAGCACUAUUUGAUCUGAUUCAGCUUUACCACAGGAGGUUCUGUAAUGGUAUUUGACUGGCCGAUUCACACGAGCUAAAGUAUCUGUAGUUCCCUAAACUUAUCUCACAUAGUUGGAUUGAAACGUUAUAGCUGAUAGGUCAUAAAAAACAAUGUGUUAUUCACGAACAGCGUCAUGCUGUACCCACAACCUUGAGUGCUCAGCGAUUUUGCAAAGUGAAGAAUAAAAUUGGGCAAAGAAGCUCUGAACAUUUUCAAAUAUAUGAAAUGAAAGAAUUCUGAAACUGAUUGUGUGGUUCAGGUAAAAUCUACAAAUACUGUAGAUUCAUGCUGGAUUAAAAUCACUUCAGAAUAGGCAUACUAUGUAAAAACUACACAUACUACAAAUUUAUACUGGAUUCAAACAUAGUGCAGAUUCAUACUGAAAUAAAAUCACAGAUCUCCUCAGCAAUCACAUAAAUCACAGAGCCUCCUCUGGUCAAACUAAUCCAGCUCAAAAGAGGUUGAGUUCAAGUGUAGGCUGAUAGACGUCCAGCAGCAGGUCCACUCUGGCUCUCUAGUGCAUAACUUUGUGCAAACAGGCAAGGUGCUGUGUCGUGCUGCCAAGGUCUAGCCUUAACAUUCCAAGGAGGGUCACUGCAGACCCACUAGAGGGCGCUGCUCCUGUUCCUGACUCAAUGUCGUGCCUGUUGAGUCCCGUAUUAGAAAAAAUCUAACAAGCAAGAUCAGAUCAACAUACAAUGAUGAUACAGAAAUGCAAGGCAAGGGACAGUGUCUUUAUUUUCCUUCUUUUUUUUUCCUUCUGCUAAUUUUACCUGAAGCGAUUCCACACUUCGCUAACACUUCUCAAAAGAAAUUGAAAGAAUUUUUUUUGAAGUUUACAGUCUGAAAGCAAAACUAUUCAGGUCUAUAUAUCUUAAGGAUUGUCAAGAUUUUUUGGAAAAAAAAGAAGUUACUUAUUUUUGGUAAUUUGUUCUUUUUUAUGGAGAGAAACAGAAAAAAAAAAACAAAUUUGAAACCUCAUUGGGUUUUUGUACCACUAUAAUCAUUCAAAAAAAUCAUGGUGAAAAAAAAAAUCAUAUUUACUGUGUAUUUACUUAAUUUUUCUUAUUAUGUGCCUUAUAAUGUGUUUAUAAUCAAAUAGGUUUUAGAAAUAUUACCUAAGAUAUCUUAAGUACUAUUUUGUGGGGUUGGUGAGAGGGUUGAUUUUAUUUGAUCUUUUAUUUUCUCGUAGGGUUUUUUUUUAGAUGUGUAUUUUUGUGGGGACUCAGUUACUGUGUGGUCUUUACUCGAAUCUUAAGUGAACGUUUGGUGCUUUGAAUGCACAUUGGAGAAAUGAAGGGUUUCAUCUGAAAAGCUCUGUGUGCUGUGGGUCUCCUUACUCUUGUGAAAGCUGAGAAAGUCUUGCGUUGUUAGAGAGAAUUUCACAGGCUUUUAAAGCUUAUUUUCUGUCUCCAGAACGAAGUGCUAGCCUUAGGAGGUUGUGUUGGACGGUGUGGACCACUGACUUGACGUGAUGAAAUGGCAUGAAAUCAACACAGUAAUGUCGCGAGCGGCUAAAACCAUCUCUUCAAAGAGAAAUGUCUAUUUUGUUGAUCAGACUUUUAAUUUAAUUCUUAGUUUUUAACAUUCGGCCCUUUAUCUACUGUAGUUACAGCAGCCUUGAUGUUUCCCCUGCAUUCAGAUUCACAUCAGCAUUAUUAUAUUGGUGAUUAUUUUAAAAUUAGCAGCAGCCCAUUAAGUGACUCAGUAAUGAUUUAUUCUCAUGCGUUUGCAUCGUAAAUGCAUGUUCAUGUGGAAAUAAUUGCUUGUCCAGAAAUUAUUAAUGUGUCACUUGAUUACAGUCGCAUAGGCUGCCUUUUAUAUGAGCUCCUGUUAUUAUUACAAAGCUUGAACAUGAAUGUCAGGCACAAGCGCUACUGCAUUAUGAAUCAGUUAAUUAUUUGAUGUAUAUGUAAAUUAUAAAAUGUAUGGCUAAACCCUUAAAAGCCCAAACAUAUUAAUAGUGUUUCGCUGUGCUAUUUAAGUGUAAUUGUGUAAUAACAUAAUUUAUUAUUGCAACGGCUUAUGUUAACGUUCUCUUCAUACCGUGUAUUGACAGAGUUUAGAUGAUGUAAUAAUGCAAACAAAAUUGUAAAGAUUUAUGUAACUUUAUUCAUGCACUGAAACAACACCUUAUACACAAUAGUGACUAACUUUUCAUCAAAUUCAAAUCAUAAUAAAACAUCUCCUAAUGUUCUUACAAACACCUCUGUGGAAUAGCAGAACUUCAUCUCUUGUUUAAUCAUCUCCAAGUGAGAACCGUGGUUAGUAGAGGCCGUUGGAUUAGGCCAUGAAUAUCAAAACCUACCCUUACAAUAAUAGCAAUAUCUGCUGCCCCCUCUAUGGGAUUUCUAAUAGAAUAUUAGUACUAAGCUAAUACUCAUGUACAUUGACUUUUUUUUGGCCAUUGAAGGUUAAACAGACAUUUGCAACAAACAUUACCAUAUAUUUUAUCUUGUGACUCUUUCAGUGAAGACUUCUGGCGCAGAGUUGACACAUUUCUGACAUCUGACUGAAAUCUGGUUGACUACUGAUGGUAUUCAGAGUUAGUGAUGUAUUUGUUACUGAUUGGUUGAUUCCUCUGUCACCUCCUAAUUAUGUUUGUAGCUAAUCUAACAUGCGACGCCCUCAGUCCUAACCAAUAGGAACUCACUUUGCUGGAUGUACCUAGACCCCACUGAGAAAGCAGUCAUGAUUGCACAAUUUUUCUUGUGGUUUGGGAUUUUAACACUUUUAAAACCAAAACUUAAAGAAAUGAGAGUUACCACAACACUGCCCCCGCUGUUCAUAUUAAAUUACUGCAUGCUUUUGGUAUCCCCAGCACUAGCUUUGAUUUCUAACAGUUAACGGAUGAGACUAAAUAGACCAACCUGAACCCUGUCCAGAUAAGCUUAAAAGGUUAAUGAGAUGUUGUCCUCCUACGUUCAAAAAAAGAAACCCACAGCAUCCAGUGCAGCUUUUCAGGUUUGCCUUCAGUAGUGCUAUUUCUGAGCAUAGCUGUCUGAGACCUCCCCUCUGUGUGUGUGUGUAUGUGUGAUUGUGUGUCUGUGUGGUUUUUGGAGUUUUAUCUUAUUUACUGUAUCUUAUAAUGGAUUCAUUUAGGGCGUUUGGCCUGUUUUGUGCUCUGUAGUGAUAUUUUUGUUCUUGUUUUUCUUAUUUUGUAAGGAUGUGAAAACUGGCUAGGUGGUGGUCAGUCUGUCUGUCUGCAUGGGCAGAGUCACCCUUGCAGAAAAUUCAUGUGUAUUUUACAUGUGGAGCAUCUAAAGACCAUGUUAUUGCAAGUAAACACUUCAUGAUAAUAUCAUGAAUAAAAAUGUGAUGUCAUGUUCUGAAACGGCUCAUGAUCACACAUUUUCCCUGUGAUCACGUUUUUCAGGUGAUUGCAUUUUUCUGUGUGAUCAGACGUUUUUUCACAAUCACUUUUUUUCAUGCGAUUACACAAUUUUCUUUUUUUUUUUUACAUUCUUAAUUACAGGAUUUCCCAAGUGAUCACACGUUUUUCCACGUAUUUGUGAAAAAUAACAUGUAAGGUGUUUAAAAAACAUACGAUUAUUCACAUGUGAAGUAAAUGUGUUUUUUCUGUAAGGGCAGCUGUUCUCCACCAGCGUUAAAGAGCGAGAGAGAGAGUGAGAGAGGGUGAGUGAGAGACUGAGAGCAAGAGCCUUGUUCUGAUCACUAAACUCCAGUGCUGGUGAGUGUGUGUAUCGGUGUGUGUUGAAUGCUGUUAAAGUGGCGGAGUGAUACGCUCUCACUCCUAUGCUGGCUGGGUGCGGGUACCAUUGUCUGCUUUGGCUCUAAAGCUUUUCAUUUACAAACAGGAUAAAAAGCCAGACUUCAUAAACACGCGGCACUAAAGCAGUUCACUCUGAUCAUGUUCGUUCAUACCGUCAGACUGCAUCUCGAGCCUAUAUUGUUUUUUCUUUUUACUUUAUUUUACUGUUUUCCUCGACUAAAUCAUUCUCGAUCCUGUCUUGACUCAGGCAACAUUGUCCCACCAUUAUGUAAGACAAUUUCCUGUUGGCAUCAGCCUGUCACUCAAAAACGGUUUGAAACAUCUUACUUUCAAGGUUUUUUUUUAUGGGUUUUAUACUGAGAAACUCACAAAUAAUGCAGGACCAAAGUUUAUGUGCCUUUCAUCCAGCUUAUUUGUAUCUGUUCUUUCUGGAUGUAUAUCAGAACCUUCUUUUUCUUUUGUGUUGUUUCUUUUUGCAUUGUUGUUACAAAGUCUGGUUUCCACUGAAGCGAAUGUGUCUUAUGUUAUUGGUUUGUUUCCCCUAAAACAGAAGGUCAAGCCAUAUCAUCUGCCCCACUAACUGGCUACUAAUAUGAUAUUGAAUGUUUUUUUUUUCUUUUCUGCCCUUGUUGAUCUGAUAGAGCAAACUUGCAUGAAAGCUACGCUGUAUAUUUCAUUGGCGGCUCACUCGACCUAUAGCCUUGGUUGCUCGGGUUAGGUUAGUAAUUUGAAAUGAAAAAGGACCAAUUAGAUCAUCAUCUCAUCUUAAUACAAAUUCACUUAAGAAAGCUUUAUUUCAAAUGUGAAAGAUAUGAUUAACUUAUUAAUGAAAAACCAAAGGAAUUUGAUGAAAAUUAGACUAGUGGGGCACUAUUGAGCUGAAAAUUGCUUUAAAGCAGAGAAGUCAAAUCUUGUAAUUAAAGUACGGGUGCAAUGGCUGUUUUUUUUGUGCUCUUUGCAAUUUUAUCCUGGUUUGUGGGUGGGAUGCUAAUAGUGAAGUCACCUGCUGUAAUGCUGCAUAAGAUGUUUGCUAGUUAUUUGUUAGUGAAACAUGCAGAUCGCUCAGUGACAGACUGGCUAGUAAAGAUGACUGGCAGUAAAAGAUAAGGCACACUAUGUGUGUUUGAUUUGCCUUCCAGUCAUAACAUAUAAAAUGCAUAUUCAGUUGUUAUUUGACUAAGCAGAUGACUUAUGGACUGUAGGCAAUGAGUGUGACUUGAUCCAACUAACCUAGAUCAAGUCACAUUAGUAACAUGACUGGCUAAUGUAAUGCUAACCUAGAUCAACUUAUAUUAGUAACAUAUGGCAAGUUACAUUAGUAACAUAAUGCAACAAACCUAACGCUAACCUUGAUCAACUUAUGUUAGUUACAACUUAUGUUAGUAACAUAAUGUAAGUCACAUCAAUAACAUAAGGUAAUGCAUGUUGUGUUACUCUAGAUCGAGUUACAUUACUAAUGUAACUAACAUAACUCUAACCUAGGUCAGGUUAUGUUAGCAACACAGCUAAUGUAGUGGUAAGCUAGAUCAAGUUACAUUGGUAACAUAUCUAACGUAACACUAACCUAGAUCAAGUUACCUUAGUAAUGUAGCUAAUGCAACUUGAUCCAGGAAUUCUGGCUGAACUGUUUAACUAAACAAAUCACAUGCAAAAAGGGUCAUCCGUUGCACUCAUACUUUAAAUCUUGGCGUUAAAAUAAUGUUUCUCAACUUCAAAAUUUCAGCCAUCUUGACUUUUCUAUUUUCUCUUUUUCAUGUCUAAACGAUCUGGGCUACAAUUAUGUAAUUGAAUGAAUUUGCAUAAAGGGAGGGACUAAACUCAGUGAGCCGAUUGAGGUGGAGCUCAGGCACAGCACACAUACAGAAGUGCCUGCAUGGACCUCAGAAUGCUUGACAUGCCUUGAUAUACCUAAUUUAUAGCUUGUAUGAAUGUUCCACUACCAAAAGGAAACAAGUGCUGUAAAUAAUGUGUUCCCUUUGUUUUAUUUUUAUUUAACCUGGCCAAAAAAAAGAGAAAAGAAAAAAAAAAGGUUUUGGGGAACAAGAUUACAAACACAGAUAAUAAACUGGUUUUUAUAUUUAUGAACAUCAACAGAAAAAAAAAAACACAAUUUGUCUUCUGUAUUUUGAUAUCAUACCAGUACCAGCUUUCAUUUGUAAAGCCGUUUAUGUGACGUUGCGGGGAAACGGGGAGAGAGGACGAGCGGAUUCAGUUUAUGAGUUUGAUGUAAUAAAAUGCAAAUAGAAGAUAACUAUUAAAGAAACAUAUUUUCUAA